AUGAUUGUCACCAUCCCAGUGCUGCUGGCGACGUACAUCCUGUACUGGACCGUCCGCCUGGUGAAGAACAUCCUCAGGGCAAACGCGACCGGCCUGCCUGUCCGCUGGACGCCUGUAGCACCCACGAACCCUUUUUGGAUUGUUUUGGGCAAACCUACCUCACGAGUUCUUCGAGCCAUUCUUCCAUCGUUCCUCUCAAAUUGGACCUACUUCAGCACUUUCGACUGGCACUGGCUAGACCGUCUGUACCUUGACUUUGAAGUGCACGAGAAGAAUGGUGACACUUUUCUGCAUGCUACUCCCUCAGGACUGAUGCUGCACACAAGAGAUCCGCAGGUCGCUCAGCAAAUACUUCAUACCUGCCCCAAACCGGAUGAUGUUGCAAAAUCCCUCGAGCUUUGCGGACCGAAUCUGGUCAGCAGCAGCGAGGUGGACUGGCCGAGACAUCGCAAGGUGACAGUCUCUACGCUUAGUGACCGUAAUAACCGCCUGGUUUGGUCCGAGACAGUUCGCCAGACAUUGAACGUGUUGCAAAGCUACCAGCCUGGCCACGGGGAAAUAAUUGACCCCGAGGGCGACAUCCGCAGGAUUUACCUCAACAUGUUUUCUGCAGUGUGCUUCGGUAGGCCCUUGGAUGCAGAAAAAGAACCCGGGGAGACCACCGAUGGGAAGCUCCCCGGGGGACAUAAAAGAAGCUACCGGUACUGCCUUGAGACCAGCCUCAGGGAUAUCUUCAUCCUACACACCGUACCAAGCUGGAUAAAAUAUCUACCCCCAGCUUUGGUCCCACACAAAAUCUCAGAGUUCUUCGCAGCGUCCCGCGAGAUGAUGCAAUAUUUGGACGAAAUGAUUCGUCGUUGCCAGGACGAGGCGCAGGAAGGCGGAGAGGAGUCCAAGUCGGGUGAUAAUCUGCUCCGCAUUACUGUCCGGAGCGGGCUACAGUCAAACACAAAAGAGCCACAGGGGCGGAGUUAUCUUUCCAAAGAAGAAGUGCGUGGGAAUCUGUUGAUUUAUUCCCUGGCCGGGCAUGAGUCCAACGCGCACACCCUCACAUAUGCGCUCUACCUUCUGGCGGCCUGCCCUGAUGUUCAGGACUGGCUGGCUGAGGAGCUGGCCGCGAUUACGCUGCUGGAUGGCCAGCUGAGCGCUGAGGAAACUUAUUUUGGUAUUAUGGCCAAGCUCCCAAGGACCUUGGCUGUUAUGUACGAAACACUUCGCCUGUACCCCUCCAUCAUCUUCCUCCCCAAAACCACCGCCUCCCGGAGCGUGAGCAUCGACCUCGGCCACGUUGAAGGUCAAAGCAAGGCCAUCAUCCCGCCAAACACCAACAUAUGGGUCAAUAUGUGCGGCAUGCAGGUGCUCCCAGAGGUGUGGGGAGAUGACGCACGCACAUUCCGCCCGUCGCGAUGGAUCAACUCGUCGGGCCAGUUAGCGGCACCGUCGCUGGUUGCUGGUUCCGCUUACGUGGCCUGGGGCGGUGGAAAGCGCGUAUGUCCCGGGCAGAGGUUCAGUCAGGCGGCAUUUGCGGCCAGUGUGGUCGCCCUACUCACGGGCGGGAAAAGGGUACACGUCGUGCCGAGGGAGGGUGAGGAGGAGGGCAUGGCCAGACGUAGGGUGUUGGAGGUGCUGGAUGAUAGCUUUGUCGGCACUACGAUUCAUAUGAGGCGGGCUGGAGAUGUGAAGCUGGUCGUGGCAUAA